UUUCAAUCGCCUCUUGCGAUCUCUUGCCUGCGUGUAUACGCGAUCAUUCACGGUCGGAAAAACGUCUCGUGUUCUUCAAUCGUCGCCGUGUGUUGUGUCUUUUCGUUCAAAUCGAGCAGUGUCUCCGGCGUCUUCAUCGUUUCCGACAUUUCAUUUUCCUCGUAAAAAUUCACAUUCUUUCCAAUAGUUGUGUCUCUUUUUCAAUUGGUCGCUGCCGUGUUCAUGCCCAUGAAGCGAACGAGCACAGAACGGGGAUACGCUUCGAGGUUUGAUUACGGUCUUUUUGGCUCUCUUUGAAGAAACUCUUCUUCUGAAUAUUUUCUGAUCAACGCGUGCCGCACCAGCGACACCACUCGUCGUAGUAAGCAGUUACGGGUGCCCGCGCGCGCGCGCACUCCAAUCAACGCCGCCGCGCAGCUGCAUCGUGUGUGUAUACUAUCACUGACUGCUUGCACACACCGAGUUUGGAUACAACUUGGACUCGAGUUGUGUUUGGUUGAUUGUAUAUAUUUUCACCACCUCGUGUGCCGUGUGCGUGGAUAGAACGAUAAAGAAGAAGUUUAUCGAGUGAAGUUUUCGGUGCGGUAAUUGCCUACGUGUUUGGUUCGUGGCUUCGCGUGUGUUUUUUAAUUGUAAAAAACCGAGCGACAGAUAGAUCGAACAGCUGAUAUAUUUGGUUCGCCUUUUUGAAUCGUCGUCGUCGUCACGAUCGAACUGUUUACCAUCUCUAUCCCCGUACCUCUCGCGCGUGCACGGGUAAAGAAGAUUAUGCGUGACGUAUGAGCCAAGUUCAAAAAGUUUCGAUCCAUCGCAGCACUAAGAUUUUUUAAAAAAAAGAUUAUUUAUUGUGCAUUUCGUGAGUUGAAAUAAAAAAAAAAGCACCGAAAAUGGAGGUGGAUAAUUCGAGUCCAACUGAGCCCGUACCCAUGAGCGACGACAGUGUCAAUGCAUUGGUGAUUGACCAAGGAUCCAAUGAUCAGUUGGGUUCUCAUGAUUAUGAAACUCUGGCCAAUAUAGAGGCAGAAAUCAAAAGUAUGAAUGCAGAGCAGCAAGUUGGUGCACAAGAGUCGAGUCUUCAAAUGGAGGUCGAGGAAACCCCAGAGACAAUUGUUCCUGAUGUUGAUAUGUCAGAAAUUGCUGGCAAUACCAGUAUGGAAAUGUCGAAUGACAAUCAGCCCAAAUUUAUUAUUACUGCUGAUCCAACUGGAACUUUUAGCUUGGUACCUGAGAAACCAGCAUUGCAAAAAAUUGCUCCAGCAACUACCACCUCUACUAUGCAAAACAUUGCACCAGCUACUCAAAGGCAAGCAAUGUUGAUUGUUCAGCCUUCAGUUGGUGGACAACAACAUUUUUUGAAAAUAUCACACCCUUCUUCUGCGUCAAUUCCUAAAGAUCAAUUGCAAACUCUGGCUCAAACAAUUAUGUCUGGUCAAACGCCAGAUGGAAAUGUUGUUUUACGGGCUGCACCAACUACUAAACCACCAAAUCUUGCUGCUAAAACAACUGGAACUAAUACAGCAAAAUCAACGCAACCAAUAGCUAGUAAAAAGAAUCUUCAGCAAAACAAAAAUGUUUUUACCACAAAGAUGAUAAUUUCAAAUACUCCAGCCCAGAGUAAUCAACAACUUUUGAUUGCAACUCCUGCUGAAGCUGCUGGUCAAACUAUUAAGUUUGUUUCAAACACUGCGUCAAAUGUAAGUAUGGGUAGUCCUACAAAAACUAUAACUUUUGCCCAAGCUCAACAAAUGGGUCUCAUUCAAUCAUCAAAUAAAGUACAACAUAUUUUACCUUCAAGUGGACAAAAACAAGCAAUGGUCGUCAAUAAGGUUUCACAGCCAAUUACUACCCAAGGAUCAAAGGUAGCAGUUGUAUCUAGAUCACCGGCUAAAAUACUUCCAGCUCCUCCAACAAAAACUGUAGCUGGGAAUAAAAUUAUUCAGCCUAAUACUCAAAAAGUAAUUAUUAGACAAAGUACUAUGAAAAAUACUGGUGCCAAUAACAAUCCAAUUAUAAGGUUACCAGCAAAUCAAACAAUUAACCCAAAUCAAAUCCAUCAAGUACAGAUUCCAGGUCGACAGGGAGUACAAUAUGUUCGACUCGUGAGUACUACUUCUGCAACAGGAACAGGUAAUGUUGUCACCACUGGUAAAAAUAAAACAGGUACAAUCCAAACUGUUGGUGUUACUCAAAAAGUUGGUACACAGCAAGUGGUUAAAGUUGUUCCUUUGAAUACGGGUAAUCAAACUCUACGUACCGUUGCUCCGAAAACAACAGGAACUCAGAGAAUUUUAAUACCAGCAGCAACACCUGUAGUUCAGCCUAAAACUAAUACCAUAACAAUACCUGCUUCAGCUCUAAGUCAACUUACUUCGGGUCAAGCUGUACUAUCUACAGCCGGGAAUGUUGGAAAUAUUGUAGUUUUACCACCUCAAUAUCUUCAGCAAGCUGAAGACGUCAAACCUAAGCUGCAACCUGUAACUUCAACUGCAGUAAACAAUUCACAAAACUCUUCGAGUACCAUGGCAUCCUCGUCGUUUACCGAAUCAAGACAGUCCCGUUCAACAAGUAAUGCUGAUACGAAUGGAAUUAGACCAAGAAAACCUUGUAAUUGCACGAAAUCACAAUGCUUGAAACUAUACUGUGAUUGUUUUGCCAACGGCGAAUUCUGCCACAUGUGCAACUGCAACAACUGUUCCAAUAACCUUGGCAACGAAGAGGAACGUCAUAGGGCCAUCAGAUCGUGCUUGGAACGUAACCCGAAUGCUUUUCGUCCGAAAAUUGGGAAAGCUCGUGAAACAGGAGACGAUAUAAGAAGGCACAACAAAGGAUGUAAUUGCAAACGCAGUGGAUGUUUGAAGAAUUAUUGCGAAUGUUACGAGGCUAAAAUUCCUUGUUCUAACAACUGUAAGUGCAUCGGUUGUCGUAACGUUGAAGAACCGGAUCUUUCGAAAAAAUCGUUGAAUGAUUUAGCAGAUGCAGCUGAAGUGAGAACUGCUCAAUUGUCAAUUGGCAAAUCUAAGAUUCAACCAAGUUCGGAUAUAACUUUCAGACCCCCGGCUACAUCUAAUGCGGGUGCAAGGCAACCUUUCAAUUUCUUAACUGAUAAAGUUGUUGAAAUGACUUGUCAAUGUUUGAUGGCACAAGCUGAAGAAGCUGAAAAAAACAUGUUAAAUGAGGAAAUGUCUGAGAAACUAAUAAUUGAAGAAUUCGGACGGUGUUUGAAAGAAAUUAUUGAUUCUGCUAGCAAAGCGGAUACUGUUUAGCAAGUAACUAAUAAUUUUAUAGAAGACAAAACAGUCCAUUUAUCAUUAAAGUCCAUAUUUUAAAUUGAAGCUGCACAGAAAUAUUUUACUGUGAGUCGGAUAAAUUAAAGUGGAAUGUUUUUCUACUGAUACCAAAGAUGGUACACUUUGUCAGAUAAAUGGUUUGAAAAGUUAUAAUUGGUGAUCUUUAUAAAAUGUGUAUAAAGUCAUUUGCGAUUUUUUGUGAAUAAAUGUAAUACUAUUUCUAGGUGUAGAUAUACAUUUUAAGUUGUAUAGUUGAAUUGUAGAUUUUUAAUUAGCAGAAAUGAUGCAAAGAUAAUUGCAUUUCAUUUUGGAUUUAAAACAUUUUACCUUUUGCUUCAAGCACUGAGUAAAAUAUUGUAUCAUUAUACAUAAACAAUAAUUAUAAAAAUAUUAUUGAAUUAAGUUGAUUUAAAACCUAGUUUGUAUAUAUAUUAAAUUAUAUUGAAAAAAUUUUUAUUUACCAAUCAGUAAAAAAAAAUAUAACUAAAUUUUUGACAACGCCCUUUGGAAAAUUGAAGUGUAUAAUAAACUGCAAAAAUUGUA